AGCAGCAAUGGCGAUCGAGUCGGCGAAGUGCGCUUGCUGCGGCCUGCGCGAGGACUGCACCUUGGAGUACAUCGGCAGCGUGAAGGCCGACUUCGACGGCAAGUGGCUCUGCGGGCUCUGCGCCGAGGCCGUGCGCGACGAGCUCAGCAGGCGGCAGCGGCGGAGCUCAUCCGGCGUUCUCCGGGACGCCAUCGCCGACCACAUGUCCUUCUGCAGGAAAUCGUCCAACUCCAAUCCGGCCACCAAGGUCGCCGACGGCAUGCGGAUGAUGCUGCGGCGGAGAUCCGGCGAUCUGUCAAAGCCCCCCGCGUCGCCCGUCAAGUGCGGAUUCAGAAUCGCGAGGAUCGCCGAUUAGGGUUACCGGUUCGUUUCGCCCCUUUUAUCUCGUCUUGCAUGAGUCGAGGUUUCUCGUCACCGUGUACAUAUUUGACCAAUGAAAUCGCUCUCUUGAGUUGGGGAUAUCAUUCAGAGUUCCAACUUUGCUGAAUAUUUCGAUCGCAAUCAACAGGAUCGAUGACUAAUGGUUAGAACUGUAGAUCGGCGCCUAGAUUUCGAUUCAUUUCCCCCUUUUUCGAUCGGCGCCUAGAUGGUUAUUUUAUUUUUCGAUC